GCGCGGGCGACGGCGGCCCCGCGCGCUUUGUUCCCGCCGGGACGGACGGAGCCGCCGCCGGAGCCCUGACCGGACGAGGCUGCAGCCAUGCCAGACUCACCCGCCGAGCUGAGGACGCAGCCCCGGGCCACACCCUCUUCGACCCACGGGGCCAUAAGACAGGCGCCCUCCACACCUCAACCCAAUCCCGAUGACGGGCCCGCCUUGCCACUGCCGCCCGGCCGUCUGCACGGCUGCCUGAAGUGGUCCAUGGUCUGCCUCUUGAUGAACGGUGGCCACUCGCCCACAGUCCUGAGUGGGGCCCCAGCCACGCCCAAUGGGGUCAGCAGCAGGCCGGCCGCCUCGUCCACCGCCAUGCUGUGCCCACAGCACCUGCCCCCCGCCUGCGGCGCCCGGCAGCUGGGCAAGCUCAAGCGCUUCCUCACCACGCUGCAGCAGUUCGGCCGCGACAUCUCCCCCGAGAUCGGGGCGCGCGUGCGGUCCCUGGUGCUGGGGCUCGUGAACUCCACGCUGACCAUCGAGGACUUCCACUCCCGGCUGCAGGAGGCCACCAACUUCCCCCUGCGCCCGUUCGUCAUCCCCUUCCUGAAGGCCAGUCUCCCCGAGCUGCAGCACGAGCUGGCCCACUGUGCCCGCCUGGCCAAGCAGACGCCCGCCCAGUACCUGGCCCAGCACGACCACCUGCUGUUGGACGCCGACGCGGCCUCCUCCCCGCCCGACUCUGACCUCCUGCUGGACGCCCAUGAGAAUGGCAAGCGCAGGACGCCAGACAGGACCAAAGAGAACGGCUGCGACCGAGACGCCCCAGACCCCGACCCGCUCAGCAAACGGCCCUGCACGCUGAGCCCUGCACAGCGCUGCAGCCCCAGCGACGGGCCACACCCCACGCCCCCUCCCCACUACUGCCUGGAGGACAUGGCCAUGGCCCACCACUUCCGCAACCCCUACGGCCACCCGGACCCCAGAGAGCUGCGUGAGCACUAUCGGCAUGUGGGGGUGCAUGGGGCGCGACCAGAGGAGGUGAUUGACCACAGGCUCACGGAGCGAGAGUGGGCCGAGGAAUGGAAGCACCUCAACAACCUCCUGAACUGCAUCAUGGACAUGGCCGAGAAGACGCGGCGGUCGCUGACCGUCCUGCGCCGCUGCCAGGAAGCCGACCGGGAGGAGCUCAACCGCUGGGUUCGGCGCUACAACGCCUCCGAGGACCCCAAGAAGGGCCCCCCGCCCCCCACCCGGCCCCUCGGCAGCUCCGUGGGCGUGGGGGGGUCUCAGCCAGACGCCGCCCGGGACCUGCUGCCGCGGGGACUCCCCAGCUGCAUGCCCGAGGAGAUCUGGAGGAAGGCUGAGGAGGCGGUGAACGCGGUGAAGCGCCAGGCCAUGUCCGAGCUGCAGAAGGCCGUGUCGGACGCCGAGCGCAAGGCGCACGAGCUCAUCAGCACCGAGCGCGCCAGGAUGGAGCGGGCGCUGGCCGCGGCGCGCAGGCAGGCCUCGGAGGACGCGCUGGCCGCCGCCAGCCAGCAGGAGGACUCCAGCGAGAGCUGCUGGAACUGCGGGCGCAGGGCCAGCGAGACCUGCAGCGGCUGCAACGCGGCGCGGUACUGCGGCGCCUUCUGCCAGCACCGGGACUGGGAGCGGCACCACCACGUGUGCGGCCAGGGCGUGCAGGGCCCCGCGGCCACCGCGCCCGGGCCAGCGCCCGGCCCGCCCGAGGCCGCCGCCGCCGCCGCCAGCCCCCGCCAGGCCGGCUCCGCGGAGCCUGCUGGCCCCGGCUCGCCCAGCUCGCUGGACGCUGCGCCCCACUGACGGUCAGGCCAGUCUGUGCGCCCGCGGCCCGGCCCCCAGAGGACACAGUGGCCCUGGGGCCCAACGUCCGAGUCGCUGCUGCUGCUGCUGC